UUUAAACAUUUCAGAAUGAGUUUAUCAUUCACCGCAAUUUCAACGAUGGUAUCAGAAUUCAUUCCCAAAGGGAUACGCGACAAAGUUCUUCUACUGCAGGGAUCCUUUAUGUCGAUUUCACUAAUUCUUUUGUCUCUUAUAUCGUGGGCAAUUCUUCCACAGAAAAUUCAUUUUGUUAUUUUGAAAGGAUAUUUUGAGCUGCGUUCUUGGAACAUCUACAUUUAUGUUUGUUCAAUCUGGAGCUUAAUAGCAGCCAUUUUAUAUUACACAAUACCAGAAAGUCCGAAAUUUCUAUUAUCUCAAGGAAGAAACAAAGAAGCUUUAGAUGUAUUGAAGAAGAUUUAUCGCGAAAAUACUGGAAAUUAUGAAGACAGUUUCCAGAUAAAAACGAUAAAAACCAAAAUACAGCCAAAGAAUAAGCAAACCGUGGCAAAACAGAUAGUAAACAGCUUGUUUGAAGUGAAGCACUUAUUGGUUGGAAAACUUGUGACUAGAUUAAUACUUCUAUCUAUUGUGACGUUUGUCUGUCUUUCCACGUACACUUGCCUUAGGCUGUGGUAUCCACAACUUUCCACAAUAGUGGAGAAUUAUUACAAGGAUACGGGUCAUUAUUCACGGUUCUGUGAGAUGAUAGAACACAAACCGAAUACAAGCAGUACAUAUACUGUAUCAGGGAAUGAAAUUUGUCAGCCAAUAAUAAGUGGUUCGGAAACAUACACAAAUGUUAUAAUCCUAGGUAUAGCUAGUGUGCUAUUCGUCAGUGUCAGUGGAUUCGUCGUCAACUUGAUGGGUCACAAAUUAUUACUUUUCAUCAUAAUGAUAUCCUGUGCUAUAUGCUCCGGUGGUUUAUACUUCACAAAUUCUUCAAUACAAGUAGCACUGCUUAUAUCUGCAACGUGCGCUCUGAUGCAAACUAAUGGUAGCUUGCAAAUGAAUAUCGUGGUACGAGUUUUUCCUACGCAACUAAGAGCGUUGGCAUUCGCAAUUGUGAUCAUUGUUGGAAGGAUUGGAUCUCUCCUGGGUAAUGUUCUGUUCCCGGUAUUAUUAAAAAUGGGAUGCAUGGCGCCAUUUUUCACACUAUCUGGUGCAUCUUUAUGUCUUUCAGGGCUAGUCUUUUUUCUUCCGGAUCCUAAUAAAGAAAAUAAGGAUGUUGGAGAUAAAUGAUCGAAAUGAUAAUAAAUUCUAUGUGUUUAACUCCGAGUAAGUUUACAUUCUAAAUAACGCAUGGAUACUUGCUAUAAAAAUGAAAAAGAUAACAGUAUGGAUACAGUGGAUAUUGUACAAUAUUGAAAGACUUCACUUCCCCUUAAUGAUAGGUUUAAUUUAAAUUAAUCAUAGUAUUGUAAAUAUAGUUAUAUGUAUUGUUUUGUUUCAAUAAAUAUUUUAAUCUUUAA